CAGCUCUUUCCUGGCUGGAGGUCUCAGCUGAUCGAGGCUGUCAGAGCCCAGGGCUGGCAGCUGCUUCUGCUGGGAGAAGGCAGGGGGGAGAAGAUCUUGUGCAGAGAGAGGCUGGGACUUGGCUGAGGUGGCUCCUGGGCUUUGAGGUGCACCUGUGACCCCGAGCCAUGUCCUGCAACCCUUGCUGCCAGCCCUGCGGCCCCUGCCCGCUGGCCAACAGCUGCAAUGAGUGCUGUGUCAGGCAGUGCCAGAGCUCCACCGUCGUCAUUGAGCCGCCUGCUGUGCUGGUGACCCUGCCCGGGCCCAUCCUCAGCUCCUUCCCACAGAACACCGUGGUGGGAUCCUCCACCUCCGCUGCUGUUGGCAGCAUCCUCAGCUCUGGUGGAGUGCCCAUCAACUCUGGCGGCUUUGACAUCUCCUGCAUCACCAGCGGCUAUGGUGGCAGAUGCUGUCCCCCCUGCUAAAUCUGCUGGCAACAUCCUCAGACAAGAACCUUCAAGACCUCAGAACUUGGGGCUGGACUGAAGACAGAAUUUUUGGAACAUUUUUGCCAUUAGCUUACUGUUGCCUUGUACCACUCUCUUCCCUUUCUCUUCCCUUCCUUCCCUGUCAUCACCACCCAAUGCCAGCCUGUUGGGGACCUGUCGGUCUCCUUCCCUCCCUCUGCAGGCCAGGCAGAUGGACACCCUCAUUGCAUCUUAAUGUCUGCUCCUGGUGCCCCCUGUGAGUUUCCACCUUCUCUACUUUGGACUCAAUAAAGUUGUUUUGCAUCCAAA